AUGUCGCAGUCACAGGGGGCGCCCUAUAGUUCAGCUUUGAUCGGACGGCUCGAUCCAUAUGACCAAGUAGAGGAAAUCACCAACUACCUCGAACGAUUGGACCUGUAUUUCAAGGCCAAUGACAUUUCUCCAGCCAAGCAGUCUGCUGUUCUGCUGAGUUGUAUCGGAGCAAAUGUGUACAAAACUGUGAAGAGCCUUUCUGAACCUGUGGCAGUCACUGAAAAGACUUACGCUGAACUGUGUACUCUGCUCAAAUCGCACUACGGACCCAAACGACUGGUGAUUGCUGAACGAUUCCGGUUUUAUCAGCGCAAUCAAAAUGCUAGUGAGACUGUAGCACAGUAUUCUGUGGAAUUGCAAACCUUGGCUGGACCGUGUAAAUUCGGUUCUUUUCUUGAUGAUGCCCUCCGCGACCGGCUAGUUUGCGGCAUACGCAGUUUGUUCAUCCAGAAACACUUGCUCACCAAAGAUGGCCUGACAUUCUCCAAAGCCAUCGAACUUGCCAAAACGCUUGAAACAGCCACAAAGGAUCAGCAGGACAUUAAGGCCCGGGGAGAUAGUAAUACUACUACAGUCCAGGCAGUCCAUCAGGUGCAGCAGCGCCAGAAGCAACGCUCCAACAAGCCUCCCAUGAGAAGGGAUCAGCGAUCCUCGUACCCCAGACUGAGUGGUCCCCUUUGCCAGAAUUGCGGCUACGCCUCUACCCAUAGAACUUGUCCUGCCAAGGGACAACACUGUAAGAGCUGCAAUAAGAUCGGCCACUUUUCAAAAGUCUGCCGAUCAAGGCCCAAACAGAUGCGAGCAGUUCUCCAGACAGAUCCAGAACAAGAGGAUGAAACCUGUACUUUUGCAGAGAACGAGUUCUUUGUCGGUGCCAUACGCCGACAGCAACUGCCCAUCGAUGACGUUUGGAGACAGGAUCUCCAUGUACAUGGACAGACUGUGUCAUUCCUACUUGACACGGGCUCUGAGGUCAAUAUCCUCCCGCUUGACAUCUUCAACGCGCUGAAUGUCCCCGAUAAGACCCUACAGCCGUCCUCAACACGCCUUACAGGAUUCUUCGGGGGAAAAGCCACACCAAUCGGCCAGACCAGACUCAUUUGCCAAGUCAAGGGCAAAACUCAAAGCUUGCUGUUCCUCAUCUUGCCUCAGGGAGAACCAGUCAUAGGCAAGCAUGCCUGUGACUCGCUUGGAUUGGUCCACAGAGUCUACACUCUACUCAGCCAUGAGAGUGUUUUUGAAGGGGGUGGAUGUCUGCAUGGACAAGCAGUUAGCAUCAAGGUAGACGAAGCCACCACCCCUUACUGCGUCAUGACUCCUCGUCGUAUCCCCAUUCCUCUCAUGCCCAAACUGAAAGAGGAGCUGGAGAGGAUGGAGCAACAGAACAUCAUUCAGCGUAUCACUGACCCCACAGAUUGGUGCUCGCCUAUUGUGAUAGCGCCGAAAAAGAAUGGUGACAUUCGCCUAUGCGUAGACCUCAGACGACUGAACAAAGCAGUUGUCAGGGAGAGGUUUACCAUACCAACCGUCGAAGAAGUCCUCGGCAAAGUCGCUGGCGCCCAGAUAUUCUCCCUGCUAGAUGCCAAGCAUGGCUUCUGGCAAGUACCACUGACAGAGGAAAGCCAGAAGUUCACUACCUUCAUUACACCAUUCGGGCGUUACUGCUUUAAACGCCUUCCAUUUGGCAUCACAUCGGCACCAGAAAUAUAUCAACGCAUCAUGUGCGACCUUCUAACCGACAUACCCGGGCUCGUGGUGUACAUGGACGACGUACUGAUCACCGGUCGCACAAAAGAAGAACACGAUGAAAGACUCCAGCGCAUUCUCGAAAUUGUGCAGAACGCUGGACUACAGCUGAACAAGGACAAAUGCAAAAUCGCCCAAACAAAGGUCGACUUCCUCGGCAUGAAGCUCGAUAAAGACGGCAUCCAUGCCGACCCUGCGAUCAUCCAAAUGCCACCGCCAACCACCAAAACCGAAGUCAAACGACUAAUGGGGAUGAUCAACUGGCUUGCGCGAUUCAUUCCCCAUGUCUCUUCAGUCGCUGCACCAAUUAAUGACCUACUGAAGAGUGAUGUCCUGCACGCCUGCUGA